AUUAAAUAGCGACUUCUAAAUCCGUACAACCUGGAUUUCAAAUUUCCCCCAAAUUCUCCUAUGGAAGGCUAAACCCCAGCUAUCAGAAAUCUCAGUUCUUCCAAUGGCGCAAUUGCCCAUACUCCGAUACGAAGAAAAAAUCGCAGAAACUGUGGAGAAAAAUCCUGUAGUAGUUAUCAUUGGAGAAACAGGUUCGGGAAAGAGCACGCAACUUUCCCAAAUUCUUCGCAGGAGAGGCUACACGAAAGCCGGCUGCAUUGCUGUUACCCAGCCGCGCCGUGUAGCUGCUGUUGCAGUAUCAAGGCGUGUUGCAGAAGAAUUGGAUGUUAAGCUUGGCGAGGAAGUAGGUUAUGCCAUACGCUUUGAGGACAGAACUUCGGAGAGGACAUCUAUUAAAUACCUCACUGAUGGAGUUCUCCUUCGUGAAAGUCUUUCCAAUCCGGAGCUGAACCAAUAUUCAGUCAUUAUAUUAGAUGAAGCUCACGAGAGGAGCUUAAACACGGAUAUAUUGCUGGGAUUGAUGAAGCGGUUGGUUAAGUUACGUGCAUCCAAUUUAAAGGUUUUGAUAACUUCAGCUACUCUUGAUGGUGAAAAAGUAUCUAGAUUCUUUUCCGAUUGCCCAAUCCUCAAUGUCCCAGGGAAGUUGUUCCCUGUUGAAAUCCAACAUAGCUCAGAAAGGGCCAAAAGUUACGUUGAAGCUUCUUUAAAAACAGCUAUUGAUAUACACACUCACGAACCCGAAGGCGAUGUACUAAUUUUCAUGACAGGACAGGAUGAUAUAGAGAAGUUGGUAAUGAAGCUGGAGGAGAGAAUUAAAAAUCUGGAGGAAGGGUCUUGCAUGGAUGCUAUGAUUCUUCCUCUUCAUGGAUCUUUGCCUCCUGAAUUGCAGGUCCGUGUAUUCAGCCCUCCACCUGCCAAUUGUCGUCGAUUUAUUGUUUCUACAAACAUAGCUGAGACUUCUUUGACUGUCGAUGGUGUAGUGUAUGUUAUUGAUGCUGGUUUCGUGAAGCAACGACAGUACAACCCAUCAACUGGCAUGUAUUCACUUGAUACCAUCCAAAUUAGCAAAGUGCAGGCCCGUCAGCGUGCAGGAAGAGCUGGAAGAACACGUCCUGGGAAGUGCUAUCGUCUUUACCCUUCUAUGAUUUACGAGGAUGAUUUUUUGGAUGCUACUGUCCCUGAAAUACAGAGAUCUUCACUUGCGGGGACUGUCCUCUAUUUAAAAUCAUUAGACCUACCAGACAUUGAUAUUCUCAAAUUUGACUUCCUCGACCCACCUUCCUCUGAGGCUUUGGAAGAUGCCUUGAAGCAGUUGUAUCUCAUUGAUGCCAUAGAUGAAGAUGGUUCAAUUACACAUCUUGGACGAACCAUGUCUGAGCUUCCAUUGGAACCUUCACUAUCAAGAACCUUGUUAGAGGCAAACGAGUGUGGUUGCCUGUCUCAAGCUCUAACAGUUGCUGCGAUGCUAUCUGCAGAAACCACAUUGUUUUUAGGUCAAAGUAAAAAUACCGAAAAGAAGCGCAAGCACCCUCCUUCUAACCUUCCCGACGGUUCUGGCUUGGGAGACCACAUUCAGUUACUUCAAAUUUAUGAGCAUUGGCAUCAGACUGGCUACAACAUAGACUGGUGCAAGGAAAAUAACCUGCAGGUGAGGGGGAUGAUGUUUGUCAAGGAUGUAAGGAAACAAUUAUGCCAAAUAAUACAGAAAAUUGCGAAAGGAUCUACGGAUGUCAAAGAAAGUAAAAGACGGAAAGACCAAGAUUACAGAGCUCUGAGAAAAUCUCUCUGUUCAGGAUAUGCAAAUCAACUUGCGGGGGGAAAGUUUUUUUAAAAAGGGUUUCCCCCCCCGGGUUUAAAAUCCCAAUUUUUUCAGGUGCAUCCAUCAUCAGUACUGAAAGCAGAUGAAGAUGGAUUGCUCCCAAAUUUUGCCAUAUAUCAUGAACUCAUUGCUACAACACGGCCAUAUAUGCGUAACGUAUGUGCUGUUGAGGUGCACUGGGUCAGGCCCAUCAUAGCUAAACUCGAUAAACUAAAUAUCAGCAAACUCAGUGGUGGGACCCGUUUGUCGGAUGAAAAAGUUGAAUCGGAAACCUUAGACUUGCCCAAGGAUGAUAAUAAUGCUGAUGCUGCUCAGGCUCUUGAUGACAGGGAGAGCCGAAUUCUCGCUGCUCGGGAACGAUUUCUUGCUCGUAGUGCUAAAGCCAGCAAAUAACACAACGGUAUCAAGCGUGGGAAGUCUUCCUUUCCUUUCUACCACCUUUAGUUUUCUGAUUGAGAAGAUAAAAUUUUAUAAUUAGUUUAAAGGCCUCGUAAAAUUGAAAAAUAGGAUAAAUUUAAGCUAGAAAAAUAGUUUUUUAUUUUUCUUAUAGUGAACUCAACUUGUAAGUAAUGAAACAUUUUUUUUGAGGUUUCCAAUUCAUUUGACCUAUUUAAAUUUUAAACCUCUAAAAUCAUGUUAGUCGACACAAGUGAGUUAAAUAUUUAAAUUGUACCGAAUAUUUGAAAUUGUGAAUUACUUAAUAUGAGGAACAAAAAGUAAUGUUAUUUAUU